AUGAAAGCCUCAAGUGCAGUACUGUUGGGGGCAGCAGCUUUCGCUCGCCAUGCUGCUGCCGCCGCCGUGUUUGCCCAUUAUAUGGUCGGAGGCAUAACGCAAGACCACGCCAAUACCGACAUACAAGAUGCCAUCAACGUCGGUUUCGACGCCUUUGCGCUCAACCUCAUGAGUACCGAAGACUGGUCUACCGAGGCUGUGGCUUCACUCUUCACUGCCGCCUCAGGUACAGACUUUAAACUCUUCUUCAGCUUCGACAUGGGCCAUUUCUCGGAUCCGUCUCAAUUCCUACCCAUUCUCGAACAAUACGCUAGUCACAACAACUACUAUCAAUAUGACAGCAAACCGUUUGUGAGUACCUUUGAUGGUGGAAAGCUCACUUUUGGGUCUUCGAGUCCGAAUGCGGGAUGGCAAAGUACUUUCAAGGAUGCUGCGAGUGCUGCGGGUGUUGAUGUGUUUUUUGUGCCGGAUUUUGAUGAUGCGAGUGGCUAUCCAGACAGCUUCUUUGAUACUUUUAGUGUUGUGGAUGGUGCGUUUUCAUGGGAGUCUGCAUGGCCGUAUGAGGAUGCUGGGUUUGCAAAUGUUAGUGAUACUGUAGACAGCACGAUGAUUGAUGCUGCACAUAACGCUGGCAAGAUCUAUAUGAUGCCACUGUCAACCUUUCAAUUCAAGCACCUCGACACCAGUGACAACUGGUACCGCCGAGGCGAAUCCAACCUCUACGUCCGCAUGGGCCAGAUUCUUGAUCUGAAACCAGACCUCGUGGAAGUCAUCACCUGGAACGACCCCGGCGAAGGGCACUACAUCGGAAAUUUCUGGAACGAGUCCCUCGGCAACACCAACAUUUAUGAAUAUGCCGGCGGAUUUGAUCAUACAGGCUGGCAAAAGGUCAUCUCACCGUUCAUCACUGCGUACAAGAACGGUACUUCAGCUAUUAGUGAGAUUACUGCAUCAUCAAAUGUCGGUACGAUGUGGUACAGGACGCUCUUGACGACGGCAUCGUGCUCGGAUGAUUCUAUUGGAUUGCCAAGGUCACAUGAGAAUGCACAGGAUGCAAUCAACUAUGCUAUCAUCCUCCCAGACUCGGGCAGUGAUUACACUAUCAAUGUCUAUAGUAACAAUAAUUUGAUUGGGACGGCUGAGGGUGUCACUGGUCUUAACGGUGGAAGUGUUUUGGGUCUUGCGGCUGGRAGCGCUGAUACACAGCGCGUCGAGGUUGUAAAAACUAGUUCGGAUGGGGCUACGACCACGAUUCUUGCAGCGACGGGCACCAAGAAUGUUGGAUGCAAGUGCUGCUGGCUCUUCGGAAGCUGCUUCGACGGUGGCAGCAGUGGUAUCAACCUCGAGUUCGUCGGCACCCUCCACAACUUCAUCAACGUCGUAUGCUUCUUCACCAGCAACUUUAUCACCAACGUCACCUACACCGGAAACAGCAGCAGCAUCCACUGCACCAACGACCUUAUCAACGUCAACCUCAACAACUGCACCAACCACCACCUCACCCAAAACAACUACAACAGCAACUACAAUAACUGCCUCUUCCUCCCCACCAGGCAAAUCAGGGUGCCGAUGGGACCCUUCAGGCGCGCACUGCGGCAGCGGAACUCUCCAGGCCGGGCACAGCCACGGAUUCAACAGACACGUUCACAGCGGUGGUUACUAAAUUACCCAAGCCCCUAG